AGAACUCUACACACAUAAUCACUGUUUUUCUACUUGAGUUUCAAAAUUUCCAGUUCUUAUGGAGUGUCUAUGAAUUGUAAAAGAUCAAUGGAAAAUCCUUCAUGUACAGCUUGGAAACGGAAAAAUCGGCGUCCGACAGUUUAUCAAGGCACAUCGAUUAUUCUAUCACAGCUGUUUUUUCUCUUACUAUUUAGUAGUUAUUUUCCAACGACAGAAGAAUUUUGUAUUAUCUGCCCAUGUACCUCUGCGAUAUGGGGUGAUUGGGGUGCAUGGAGUACAUGUCCCACCGUAACGGUAAUCGAUCCAACAGUUGUAUCAGUGAGAAAACGGGAUUGCUCGAAGUCGCCAUUAUUCUGCUCAGGUGGACAAGAUACGUGCGAAGGUGAAAUGUCUGAAACAUUGGUAUGUGGAACAACUACAACAAAAGAACCCUAUUCAACUAUUGUGUUUGGCACAACCGCUUAUGGUGAAACAACGACGAUGUUAGACGAAACAACAACAACAGAAAUGACGACAACAGAUGCAACCACAGCAGAUACCACUACAACUGAAUCUGAAACCACAACUGAAGCAUCCGCCACGACCGCAGCAUCAACUACAAAAGAUUCUGAAACCACAACUGAAGCAUCCGCCACGACCGCAGCAUCAACUACAAAAGAUUCUGAAACCACAACUGAAGCAUCCGCCACUACUGCAGCAACAACGACACAGGAAUCGAUCACUACAACAGAGUCAGACUCGGUGACAACUACAGAAGGAUCAGCAACGACAGGCGCAGCUACUACCAAAGAUUCAGUUACGACCACAGAAGGAUCAGUUACUGAUAAGGAAACAACAACAGAAGCCAGUGCAACUACCACGGAAGGAUCUGCUACACAAGCUACUACUGCAGAAGAAACUACUGCUGGAGAAGUUACAGAUGGUGUCUCAAACCCCUCAGUUCAAACUACGCUCGACUUCACAUUCCCAUCAAAUGCUCCUGGUGUUGAUACAACUCUACCAAUCGAAGGAAGUCCUGCUCCAUACGAUGACUGUGCUCCGCCUGUUACAACAGUUACAACAAUGUCACCUGGAACUCUUGGAACAUUGUUCCCUGGCGGAGGAGGUGGAGGUGGUGGAGGUCUUGAUCCUUUCACAUUCCCACCUACUCCAACCGCAAUGCCUGGAGUCACAAGAUCACCUGCAUGUAAAACAACUCCUGUUUUAACAACGACAAUUCCAUUCAAAACAUGUACCAUGAUAGCUGUUUCUACAACAACUCCAAUGAUCAGCUUAACAACAGAAUCAAUGCAGUCGACCACAUCUUCAUCAGAAAUUUCCACAACACUUGACUCCUCAUCAACAACUGGUUCCGUUUCGUCAACCGAAUCUGUAACAUCUGAUUCUUCUGAUUCGACCACGCCAUUAGACGUUUCAUCAUCCCCAUCAGAGUCCACCGAAUCUCAAUCUAGUACUCCAUCAGAUGCUUCAUCGUCAGAAUCUGCAUCCUCAUCUUCUCCGGCGGCUACAACUGAAGAAUCCGGCUCGUCCACUGACGCUGUGUCCAGUUCACCAUCUGGUAGCUCAUCUGAAUCACCAAAUUCAAGCACUGGAGGUUCGGAUUCGUCAUCUUCCGAGUCAGUCACUACUGAGCCAAGUGGAUCUUCAACUGAACCAAGUGGAUCUUCAACUGAACCAAGCGGGUCUUCAACUGAGCCAAGCGGAUCCUCAACUGAACCAAGUGGAUCUUCCGAUUCCAGCUCAUCAGAACUUCCAAAUUCUUCGACGGAUUCAGGUUCCACAUCUGAGCCAAGUAUGUCCUCAGAAGCUCCUGGUGCAUCAUCUUCAGAUUUUCCAUCUUCAACUCCAGAUUCCAGUGUCUCUUCUGAAGAACCAAAUGCUUCAUCUAAUUCUGUUUCCACGGAAACUAGUCCAGGUUCAUCCGACGAAACAACUAUUGGAGUUAUUGAAGAAACUACUACAGAAUACACUUGGUCCACUUGUAACGACUGUUCACAGAUAAAUGUACAAUUGUUCAAUGGAAACCCAUUCGAUGAUGCUUCUUCUGUUUUAAACAGAUAUUCUGCAUCAGGAUGCUACUACGUUCAAUUCUUCUGUAGACCAAUUGAGAUCGGAGACACCACACCAGUCAGCACCAUCCUAUCAGGCGACACAAGCUAUCUAUCAGCUCCAUUGAGUGCUAAUCUUGCUUGCCGUGACAAAAAAUGGGUCCUUCUCAGUUCGACGAGUCCUUUGGCAGCUUCUGUUACAUCUUUGGGAUGUGUUUAUGCAAAUCCAACUACCACUACUAAACGACCAACUACAAUUCCUGGAAUAGAUCCCAACAAUCCCUGCAUGAACUGUACAAAUUUAGUGGUCAGUCAAUCGAUUCAUCCAGAAGGUGUCACUUAUCUAGAUCAUACUCUUGAUAAAUGUUUGUCCGUUGAUGCUCAUUGCUUACCAAUCAAUGGAGGUACACUUGUUGAGUUGAUGUAUAACAACAAAGGAAUCUUGGACAGUGGCUCGACAGUAAACAGAACAUUUACAUGCACCAAAAAUUCAAAAUGGCUGGAUACAACAACUAACAGCAUUGUCAACAAUAUUUCUUGUAUAAUGCCUGAAGUAGCCACAACAACUCCAUUGGUUGCAUCUACCCUUCACGAACUACCAUCGACCGAUGGAGGGCCACCGACCAAAGACUCGUCAUUCAAACCGGUUACCGAACCAAAGACCACACCAGAAGCGGAACCACCGGAAGAAGUCACGACACCAAGUGGAAUUAUGAGCACGACACAAAAUGAUAUGACAACAGUUGAUAGCAUGCCAUCUACUCCUGGAGGUGGAACACUAACUCGUGGACCAGCAACGGGUUCGCCAAUUGAUGAAACCACUGUAGAAGAACUUGAAUCAACCACAACAACUCUUCCUUCAGUUUGUAAUAAUUGUGUGGCACUUGAACCCUUGGCAAAAAAUGCCGCCGGUACUUACAAUGGGAUGUUAGUUCUUUGGCAUUAUAAGCAGAACGGUUGUAAUCGAGUUUCGAUAUCUUGUCAAGCAACAAUGAGUGAAAAUGAUGUAGCGUAUUUGUACUACAAUCCAAAUGGAGAAGUUAUGUCAGGAGUAGGAGAGUUGGCAAUGGAUUUGGUUUGUACGAAUGGAGAGUAUGUUUAUGAAGGGAAACAGAUUUCAACUGUUAGCUGCUUGGCAUCAACUACUGCCGUGGUUCCAAUCACAACACUUCCACCUAUAACAACACCUGCUCCGGGAGAUGAUUGCAGUGGAUGUAACCGAUUACCAGUUGCAAUUCUUAGUUCAUCAUCUGAAUAUACAAAUGGUCUUUUGAAAGCAACAACCUCAUAUUCCAAUUGUAUGUCCGUCCAACUGACUUGCUAUGGAGUUGCCGCCACCGAUCAAGCGUACUUGAUAUAUGCUGAUGCAACACUUGCUACAUCUAGAGCUAAUGCAAACUUAACAUUGACAUGCAAUAAAGCUGGAAUGUGGGUUACUGGAUCACUUCAAACAGUUGAAAGUAUUUCUUGUGGAUAUACAUCGCAAACGACCACAACCACAGCAUUACCAUCAGCUUGUGGAUCAUGCGCGAACAUGCAAUCUGCCAAAGCUCUACUGCAAACGAAUACUUAUGAUGGAAUGAUUGUACUAUACAAUUAUGUUGAUCCAGUCACAAAAUGCAAGAAAGUUGAUAUUUCCUGUCAAGGGACAACUGGUACUGAAGUUGCGUCUCUGAUAUUUGAGCCAAUGGGUACCGUCAGCAAUGGACCUGGAAUUCUUGAAAUCAGUCUGAACUGUUCUUCGGAUGGAACAUGGAGAUACACAGGUUCCGUCAUUAACAGUGUUAGCUGCAUUAUUUCAACUGGUGUUACUGUCACUCCACCAACUACAGUAGUGGUACCAACGACAGCAACAACACUGAAUCCAGCAAUUCCAAUGUGUGCCCAAUGCUCUCGUCUAAAUGCGGAAGCCGUAUCAUCAAUUGACAAUUCACUUCAGAACGGUGUCACUGUAAUGACUCUCUCAACUGUCAACCAAUGCUCGGUCAUUCAAGUAACUUGCUCAGGAAUUACUGCAAAUGAGCGUGUAACUCUUCUUGCUGCCACAACAUCUCUUGUCAGUGGAGUCGGAUCGGUUUCAUUCAAUUUUACAUGCAAUUCUGCAGCAAGUUGGAUGACAGCUGCUGGUACAAUUGUGGAUAGUGUUGCAUGCGGAAGAUAUAAUUUGACAACUUCGACUCCAACUACUACUACCAUAACAUCUACAUCACCCAGAACAACAACAACAACAAUUCCAACUCAAUCACAAUGUUCAAAGUGUGCGAAUAUGUUAGCAAAGGCAUUGAAUCCAAGUGAUGGCUCAUACGACGGAAUGAUUGUCUUGAAUCACCACACAAGUGCGGGAUGCCGAAGAGUUGAUAUUUCAUGCGGGCCGACACUGAAUACUGAAAACGCCACUAUCUUCUUUGGAUCUUCGGUUGUAGCCACUGGACCAGCAGUUCAUUCUUUUUCAAUUGUCUGUGACUCUAAUGCAAACUGGAUUUAUGACAUAACAUCAGUAUCCACCGUUAGUUGUCUGAUCUCAACAGCCUCAAAUGGAGUAACAGCUCCUCCAACUACAAGUACAACAACUGUUAAAGAUGAUACAGCACCUGCAUGUAGUCAGUGUGGAAGAGCACCAAUUGUAUCUGUUGGCACAGGAUCUACUUAUCUCAAUGGGUUUACUACAGUGGUACAGUCAACAGACGCUCAAGGUUGUUCGCUUUUGUUCGUAAAAUGUCAAGGAAUGACGUCCGCGGAUGCAGUGGCUCUUCUCUCGUCGGGAAUGCCAUACUCCAGUGGAUUUGGCUCUACAACUGCAAAUCUGACAUGCAAUGCUGAUUCUCAAUGGAUUGGAAGAACAAGUACUGCUAUCACUUCACUUGCAUGUGGUCAUAAAAAUGCAAUUACAACUCCAUCUAUCAUUACAACUCUUGCUCCCACCGGACAGUGCGGUUCCUGUCCAAACAUGGUUGCUGUUGCGAUGUCAUCGGGAGUAUCGAAUAGUUAUGAUGGAAUGGUAAUCAUGGAUCAUUUUGUGAACCCGGCAACGAAUUGUCGUGCACUCACUGUUACUUGUGGGCCAACAGUUUCUACUGAAAAUGCAACACUCUACUUCAAUUCUGUUCCCAUAUCAACUGGAAUGGCUACUCACACUUUAGAACUUGCAUGUGAUAGCUCUGCAGCAUGGAUCUACAAAACGACUACUGUGAAUAAUGUUGGAUGUUUGAUUUCUACUGGAUCAGGGGCUGUCGCCACUACUGUAUCAACCUUGGCACCGGUCACUAAUCCGUCAACGAAUCUUUGUUCUCAAUGUGCACGUCUGCCAAUUCAAUCAGUGAAUGAUACAGAAUUCCUCAAUGGUUUUACAACAUUAACAACAUCUAUAAAUGCAUUUGGAUGUAUGACUGUUUCAAUGAUGUGUGAAGGUGUUUUGCCAUCUGAUCCUGUAAGCAUUGUCAUUAACGGAAACUACGCUGAAUAUGCUAAUGGCAAUGUCAACUAUACGGAUUUCGCCUGCAACUCGCAAGGACAAUGGACAAGUUCUACAUUUGGAGUUGUGACAUCUGUGAUUUGUCAACGAAGAUCAGAUACUGUGAUUGUAACAACUGCAUUAGCUACCACAACGACUACUUCCAACGGUCUCUGUAAUACUUGUCCAAACAUCGUUCCUCGAUUAAUGGGCACAGGUGCAUCAUACGAUGGAAUGCUUGUCAUUAAUCAUUUCAAGGAUCGUGCGACAGCUUGUAGGAAGGCCGUUAUUGAUUGCAUGGGAACUAUGGAUUAUGAAACUGCAGAGUUGUAUUUAGAUUCAGUGAAGAUCAAUAGUUCAUCUCAAGUUGAAGUAAGCUUGCAAUGUACUAACAAUGCUGUUUGGAUGUACGAAAAUACUCAGUAUUCAACUGCUUCUUGUUUGAUUUCAAACACAACAUCUUCACCAUCAACAGGAAAGAAACGAAAGAAGCGUCAAGCUGGAACUGGAGAGACAGCAUGUCAAUCAUGUGGUGUACUUCCAAUGACUUCACUUCACGCAUUCUAUCCUUACUGGAAUGGAAUAUCGACAAUUUCAAUUGAAGAAGAAAGUACAUGCAUGACAGCUGUAGCAGCAUGUGAAGGUGUAACUAGUUCUGAUACUGUUGCAUGGAUAGCUUCUGGAACAAUUCUUUCGAGUGGAACUGAUAUGAUUAACAUGACAUUCACUUGCAACUCAAUGAGCAAUUGGCAAACAUCUGCUGGAAUUGUCUUUUCAUCUUUAUCAUGUGGGAGACAGUAUGCAACAACUACUGUAGCAACUACAACAGUGACAUCUCUAGCUCAGAAUUGUUCGAAUCUUAUUGCAGCACCACUAACUUCUACAGAACUUGGAGAAAAUGAAUCGAACGGACAAUUGAUCCUUGACCACUACAUCAACAUAACAACAAUGGAACGAAUUGUAACAAUCACAUGCUAUGGAGGAUCAGCAACUGAUAAUACUACUAUUUCAUUCAAUGGAGGAUCGAGAACAAUGAGUGGAACUGGACAAAUUGUAUUGACAAUGACUUGUAGUUCGAGUGGGCAAUGGAUGAGAAAUGGUAUUGGUGUUGAGACAGUUGCUUGUAUUGUUGUGACUCCUCCUGGUUCCACAAUCCCAUUGACAACAACGAUGGCAACAAUUCCAACAACCUCUGCAGGAUCAUCCCCGAAUACGAACUGCGCAAGAAAUGUUAUGUUGACAAUUCCAAGCGGCUACAAUGCUGGUUAUCUUUCGAUGAACACAAUUUCUUCUGAAACAUCUCUUCAAGUUGUCAUGAGUUGUGAAGCUCCAACUGGAAUUUCUGAAUCUCUGCUUCUUAGCUCAACAGGUGCGACUUCAUCAACUGGAACACCAACCACAAAUAUGACUCUGAACUGUAAUUCUGCAUCUCAGUGGGUUGUUUCAUCUGCAAGUGGAACAGGAAUACCUGUCGGAACUGUUAUAACCAGCAUUGCAUGUGUUGUUGCAAUUUCUACUACAACAUUAGUUCCAGCAACAGUUGCAGCAGGAUGUAAAUUGUGCACAAAUCUACCAGCAAUCGGUCUUGAGCCAAAUCAACUUGAUGCAAAUGGAAGAAAUGGUCAAUUCAUCCUUGAUCAUGUUACAACUGCCACUGCAUGCCGAGUCAUUUACUUAUCAUGUGCUGGAAGUUCAGCAUCAGAAAACUCAACGAUUCUAUUCAACGGCGGUGCACAAACAAUGAGCAAUCAAGGAAUCACAUCAACAGUAGUGACAUGUACUGCCGCAUCAACUUGGGAUUGGUACGGUAGUGCAGUUGGCUACGCUUCUUGUAAGGUUGCUGACAGAGCUUUGACAACAACGGCGGCACCAGUUUCGGUCACUACCACUGCUUAUGUCGUACCAGGUGAUACAGGGUUGGCAUGCAGUCGAUCAAGUCUUGUCAAUCCUCUCAUCGAAGGUGAUGCUGGAGCUUAUUUGGUUUUGGAUACAAAGAUUGUCAAUGGUGGAUUGUCAACAACGCUCUCAUGUGCAGCACCAGAUGAUUCAAGUACUGCAGUUCUGACAAACGGAGGUGGAAGUGUUCUGGGUACGUCUGACAACGGGCUCAUCAACAUGACACUAACAUGCAAUUCCAAUGCACAAUGGGUUAUUACUGCUAUCAGUGCUUCAACAUCUGGAACAUCAGCUGCAUUGGGAACAGUUGUAGAUGAUCUAAAAUGUGGUGAAAUCCCAGCUGCGACAACAACAUUAGCAACAACUACGACUGCAAGUACGGCCUGCCAACUUUGUCCAAACAUGCAAGCAAUUGCAUUAACAUCUUCACAAUUGGUUAUAAAUGGAGCUACAAAUGGGCAACUUCUUCUCAGUCAUUCUGUCGAUCAAUCGAGCAAAUGUAGAAUUGUGGUCAUCAAGUGUAGAGGAGAAAAUACAAAUCAAAAUGCGACAAUAUUUUUCAAUUCAAAUGGACAAUCGUUAUCUGCCAUGUAUGGUCAAGUUGCAACUUCAAUGGCAUGCUCCUCAUCCAAUACGUGGCAAAGAAAUGGAAUCGAAAUCGAUGGAGUUGCUUGCAUGAUAACAUCUGUGGUUGGAGCAACAUCAACAUCUCCAGCGCCAAUUACAACUCCUGCUCCUUCAUCAACAACACAAAGUUCUAGUGGACCAUCAGCAAGCUGUAACACCGGAUUCGUGACGGCAGUGUCCACACCUGGAUAUACAAGUGGAUUUAUGACUGUUGACACAACAACUUCUGGAUCAAUAAUGUCUGCGGAUAUCACAUGUGCUUCACCUGUCACAUCGCAAACCGCAGCUCUUCUGGGUUCAAACAAUAAUCAAGUAUCUUCUGGAGUUGGUUCUACAUUCAUGACUCUAACGUGUAAUUCCAACUCACAAUGGGUCACUCCAGAUGGAACAGUGAUAACCUCAUUAAGUUGUGGAACUGUUGCACCAGCAACAACAGCAGCAACUACCACAACACUAGCUCCCGCAGCAACAACAACAUCGACGGCAGCAGCAUCGGAUUGUUCGACUUCAACGUGGAACGCAUGGCAAGAAUGGUCCACGUGUACAGAAACAUGUGGAUCAUGUGGAACACAACAACGGUUCCGAAGUUGCAAUAAACCAGUUGACACGUGUACAUGCUCAGGAUCUGCAUUCGAGAAGGAGUACUGUAACCUGGCCGUUUGCAAAUUUCCACUUGCUUCCUGUUGCUCCGGAUUUACACCUCAAUCAUCGGGCGGAACAUUUGUUUGUCUCGCGUCUUCUUAAUUUUUUGUAUACUAAUUCUUAUUUAUAUGAUGACUGUGGUGGUGAUGAAAGAACAUUGCAUCUGUUAGUUUCUGUGAACCUUUAAACAACAAAGUACUAGACCUCAU